AUGUACUACAUCCACUGCCUGCAUUGCCUCCACUACCUGCACUACAUCCACUACCUGCACUACAUCCACUACUUGCAUUACCUCCACUGCCUGCACUACCUGCAUUACCUCCACUGCCUGCACUACAUCCACUACAUCCACUACCUGCAUUGCCUCUACUACCUGCACUACAUCCUAUACCUGCAUUACCUCCACUACCUGCAUUACCUCCACUACCUGCACUACAUCCACUACCUGCAUUACCUCCACUACCUGCACUACAUCCACUACUUGCAUUAUUCCAUGCCUGCACUACAUCCACUGCCUGCAUUACCUCCACUGCCUGCACUACCUGCAUUAACUUCACUACCUGCAUUGCCUCCACUACCUGCACUACAUCCUAUACCUGCAUUACCUCCACUACCUGCACUACAUCCUAUACCUGCAUUACCUCCACUACCUGCACUACAUCCACUACUUGCAUUAUUCCAUGCCUGCACUACAUCCACUACCUGCAUUACCUCCACUGCCUGCACUACCUGCAUUAACUUCACUACCUGCAUUACCUCCACUGAUAAAAUGAGCUGA